AUGGCGGGGCCUGUUCGACAGGCAAUAGACGUCCAGCGUCUGGAGCGAUACCUUUGCGACGCCGUUCCAGAGCUCCGCGGGCCGAUAACCCUGGGUCAGUUUGGCUUUGGUCAGUCAUGUCCCACGUACCUGAUCACGGCCCACGAUGGAAACAAGCUUGUCCUACGCAAGAAGCCUCCAGGGGAAAUUGUAUCCAAGGCGGCGCACAGAGUUGACCGAGAGUACAAGAUCUUAUCUGCCUUACAGGCAACUGAUGUACCCGUGCCCAGGGUGUAUACGUUUUGCCAGGACGAUGGCGUUAUUGGUACGCCGUUCUAUAUUAUGGAGUUCCUCGAUGGUCGGAUCUUCGAGGACCCAGCCAUCCCAAAUGUAUCGCCACAGGAUAGGUCCGAAAUAUGGCACGAGGCAAUUCUGGCACUUGCCAAGCUCCACUGUGUUGACACUGAAGAGGUUGGGCUUGAGAAUUACGGGUCGAGGAGGGACUACUUUCACCGUCAAAUCCAGACCUUUAGCGGUAUCCAUCAGGGACAGGCGGCAGUUGUCGACAGUGAUACAGAGCAGGCUGUCGGGGAGAUUCAAGGCUUCCAGAAAAUCCUCAAGUAUCUCCUGAAGCCCUCCGCACAGCCCGAGGACAGGGCGUGCUUGGUACACGGUGACUUCAAGAUCGAUAAUCUGGUCUUUCACCCUACUGAGAAUAGAGUAAUUGGCAUUCUCGACUGGGAGAUGUCCACUAUAGGUCACCCGCUAUCGGAUAUCGCAAAUCUGCUCAUGCCCUUUACCUGGCUACUACUGCGAAAUGCGGCGGCCGCAGUGACUAUGACAAGGCUGUCGCCCGGGUCAUUACCGGGCCUCCCGACACGGGCACAGAUCCUGGAGCGAUACCGCGAAUACACAGGGUAUGACGCGCAGGCGAGUUUAAUCUACGGGGGUGCAUUCGUGCUGAUGAAGAAUUGCGUCAUCCUGCACGGGAUGAAGGCGCGGGUUGCGAGGAACCAGGCAAGCAGUGGAUAUGCGGGGCAGUAUACCAUGUAUCUGGACAGAGUUGUCGAGUUGGCGGUGCGGGCGGUCGAGAUUGGGGAGCGGCUGCUGGAAGGUGGCACUGCAAAGUGGCAGGGGAAGCUGUGA